AUGAAGAUAUUCAGUCUCCAAAAAUAUUUUUCAAAGGGGGUGAAUGGGUUUGAGGAGUUACGAAAAAUUGUGAAACAAGGUGCUGAGUUUGCCAAGGAUGUGGCAAGUAUCAUGCAAGAGAGAGCUGAUAUGGAAAUGACAUAUGCAAAAGGGAUAAAUCGACUUGGAGCCAAAAUGACUAAGCUGGCUGCAAACUCCACAGGGAGUUUGGCUGAAGGCUGGAAAGCAACAGCAGUAGAAAUGGAACAGGAAUCAGAAUUACACAAACAAGUGAGUCGGGCUUUAAUGGAAGACAUUGCCAAACCCCUGAAGUUAUGGGUAGAAGCUCAGCAGAAAUCAAGACGGCCGAUUGAAAGUAUGGUAGAGAAAGCUGUUCGGCAGUUGGCUGAUCGAAGGAAUGAGGAAUACAAGUCAAAAAAGAAUGCUUUUACCAUUGCUCGAGAGUUGGAAAAACUUGAGGAACAAUUAGCUGAAGCUCGAGCUGGGAGAGGUAAAUAUACAGACAGAGAUGUAACCAAGCUGGAAAAAAAAUGUCGGCAACAGUAUGACAGUGUGCAGAAGUGUGAUAAGGAAUACAGUGAGGCCUGCCAAAAAGCAGAGGCUGCACGGCAAGAAUGGGACUUGAGCAUUUUGAAGGGAGCUGCUCAAAUGCAGGUGUUAGAGGAAGAUAGAAUUAAUAAAAUGCAGGAGUUACUCAAUGUCUUUAACACAAACAUUUCCCAGCAGGGGCCGCAACUAAUGCAGAUUUGUGAAAAACUUGAUAAAUCUGUUAGUCGAGUGGACCUAAAAGAAGACUUGCAGAGCUUAAUGAAGGAACGAGGCACUGGUCCCCCACAACCCCAUCAAAUCUUGUUUGACUGCUAUGCUGAAGACAUGACAUUAAAUAUGAAUUUAAACCGAAGAAAGCAAGCUUUGAAGAGUUACUUGUUUUAUAUUCAAUCUGCUUUGGAAAGGGAAAGAAAAGGAAAAGAAGGUGUUGAAAAAUUGAUGCAAGUCUACAAGGAUCGCCCAGAUUUUGCAGACCAAGAUGCUCAAGAUGAUGCAAAGAACAGAUUGAUGCAGGUAACAUUUACACUUAACUUCCUGGAGGCAAGUCACAGUAAGAUUAAUUCUGCCUUAUCUGUGAUAAGUGGAGAGAGUAAAACCAACCACAGGUUUGGUCCAUACAUAGAAUCUGUACGAGACAAACAGGGCAUUCCAACCACAACUUUGAGGCUUCCUCUCAACAUGGCCUUAGAAUCAGGCAGCACUUAUCUGGCCAGCUCAAAUAGCACUGGUAGUGUUCAGCUCUCACCCCCUACAUCUCCAUAUGAUCAAGAUUUCGACCCUGAGGAUUUUUCUGAUGAUGAUGAUGAUUUUGACAAUAACUAUGAGUACCCAAGUAGUGUGGGAAGCUACAAUCAAUGUCGUGUAAUAUAUGAAUAUUCUGCAAAUGCUACUGAUGAACUUGACAUCAAACCUGGUGAUAUAAUCAAUAUAUAUAACCGUCAACCAGAUGGAUGGUGGCAGGGUGAACUCAAUGGCAAAGUGGGGAUAUUCCCUGCCAAUUAUGUGGAAGAGAUUUAA